AUGUUGGGUUUUUGUCCAUUUUGUGGGUCAUUGCUACAGGUAGAGGAAGGUGAUUCAUGUAUGCAAUUGUCCUGUCCUUCGUGUCCAUAUACUUGUCCAGUAACGAAAAAGGUGAGUAGUCGAAUUUAUCCGAAACUGAAAGAUCUUGAAGAAGUGCUCGGUGGACCAUCAGUAUGGGAUAAUGCCCAGGUGACAGAUGAGCGUUGUCCAAAGUGUUCACAUGAACGAGCCUAUUUCAUGCAAAUACAGACUCGAUCAGCCGACGAACCGAUGACAAUAUUCUACCGAUGUGCGAAUGUUGACUGUACUCAUCGGUGGAAAGAUUAA